AUGCCAGGAGCGUCUCAGCCGGUGCGUUUAAAGACCUUCCGUCAUUUAAGACCUCGAAAGGCUCACAUGGCAAUUUGGUAUGCGACUGGGAAGCAGAACCAAAUGCCAACAGCGGGAUGUAAUUGAGUCAAACACCCUGAUUGGCUCUGCGAUGCAGUACUUGUUCAAUUGUGUGGUUGGAAAUCUUGCACUUAGUUAUGUCCAAUGAAAAAGUCGGACCCGAAAUUGACUGGGCCAAUAGCGCAAUCGGACGAAGUUGCUGCUCAGAGUGGAUGGGGAGUGUGCUGAAGGCCGCGGGCACCACAGUUGUGAUAUACCUAUAUCGGUGUGUUCUUUGCCAUUGAUAGGAUGUUUUGGGAAUUUGAUUGAAAGAAGGAAAGAGAAGCUGGAGCUGAAUGAGACCGUGGUCCCCCAAAAGACCCCAAAUGACAAUUCCAGUCUCUCUUGUCGAUUUAUUCACACGACAUUUUUUUCCAAUGCCUUCUCCUGACUCGUUGAUGCGUUCGGAUAAGGUGCACUGUCGCAGACUGUCACGGAUGGAGAGGACAGCAUCUAUUCUCCUUAUAGCAGGCAGGACCGAGUUCGUGGCAGAUACCUGACAGCAACGCAUUGACGGUUCCCCAAACUCAUCGAUAGAUCUGGAAACUCUCAUCUUUGGUUCCACGAUGGCCUGCUUAGCUCUUCGGCCAUAUCUCACCAGUCGUCCUUGACUGACGGAGUAAAUUAGAUGUGGUGUCCGGCAUGCGCACGUUUCUUCCCUCCCCGAAACAAAAAGUCUUACAGAGAGGGAGACGCGUAAUUCCGUCGGCUGCCUUAGUUAGUUCGGGUCGUCUCACCAGUGAACAAGAGUUGCUAUCCACUGUGCACUUCCGUUGUCGUCUGGGCUGACUAAACAGCCAUAUUUAGACAAUCACCACUUCGCUGGGAAUGGGGGCUAAAAAGGGUGCCCUAAAAGUACUGGAAAAACACGCCGUCAGCAAGAUGAUCGUGUGUUAUGACCCGGCCUGGUAUCAGUGACGACAUGAACCGAAUGCGUACUCGACUGUUGACUCAACAACCAACACGGCAGCGAAAACAAAAAAAAAUCCGCCACUGAUAAUACUUCCUAUGAACGCGGACUUCUCGCAGACACGGAUUACUCAAGCUCUAAAGGAGUAGCCAAUGGGGAAAGGCUGUUAGUGUGCUAAUAGCAUGCUAUGGAGAUGUGCGUGCAUGAUUUCCAGUGAGAGUGGUUGACUCUUUUUUAGACAUGUAGGCAUUUCUAACACCAUGGCCUUUGAAUGCAAAACACGCGGUUAAAGUACUACAGGAAACGAUAAACUCUCUUGCCAUCAUCUCCCUGACUCUCCCCCUCCCUGUCUGCAGGGAUGAAACUGCUCACUGCGAUGGUCGGACCACCACGAUGCAUAAGUGGUCAGUAAAAAUGGUUACUCCUUUUUACUACGUAUAAGCCUACUGGCCUUCCACGUCGCGCAAUCCCAAUGUUUCGCCCACAAUCUCUGAAAGCAACUAUUGCAGGAAGUUUAAGUCCAAAAAAUAUGUAAAGCUAAUUUUAGCAAUAGUAACAUCAGGUAGGCGAAUUGCGAGGUGGAAGUUGGCUCUGAUAUUUCGUCCAUAGUAAUCAAGAAGGCUGUCAUUGCCCUGAGUGCGUAGUGAUUAAUAGUAAUAGGGACCUGCAUUUGUUGAUAUCGCCAGCAUACGAACCCUGUCAUGUGGGCAUUUGGAUCGAGUCUAGUAUCCGCCAACGUAACGCGGAAGACGCCUAUGUCGUUCUGCAGCCCGGUUAAGUCCCAAAUGCUUGCAUGAGAAUCGGUGAGGUUUCUAUGUUCAGUGAAAAAUAUGCGAGAAGGGGGAGUGCACAAAUCCUCUAGAUGAUAAUCUGGGAUUUUUAGCCCGCUCCGGUCCGCAUGCGGGCACCACGCUGAUUGGCAGACUUGACAGGAGAACUUAUGAAGGCAUGGAAGGGAAUAAAGGAUUCCAGCUGCGGGAAGUGCAACUACGUUGGAGAAACCGGCCGAUGGCUACAAACGCGAAUGCACAAGCAUAAGUUGGCCGUGCGAAGGUUGGACCCAAAGUCAGAGGUAGCAAUCCAUGUCGCGCAAAUUGGACACAUUCUCAACUUUGAGGCCGUUGAGAUUGUGGACCGGGGCGAUGAUCGCACGUCAAGGCAGGUGCAAGAAGCCUGGAUAUGCACCGACUGCACUGUCAACCGCCACAUCAAUUUGCCUCGCGCCCAAUCUGACUUUACGAACCUCCUUCUUAACGGGGGGACAGUCACGGCGCGAGACAAUCAGGGCCGUCAACUAUCCCGACGGCCGACGAGGGCGGGGACAAUUCAGAUCACGGUGGAUGCAGCCACACAGGCGCCAUUGGCUGGCUACGCAUCAGACAAAGCGAGCCAUAUAAGGAGAGCUGUGCGCAUGGCUUCCCAGUCUCUGAAGAUGAGUAGACGGAACAACUCACCUAAACGCCAGACCUCUAAUACACCUCUCCCGGUGAAUACCUCCCUUUCUUUUGAUUCCAGACUAGUUGGACCAGUGACCUCUAUGGUGCAGCAAUGCAUGGAAAUUGUCCCUGGCGAAUGGUCGUCCUUUAAUACCGACCAAGCUCUGUACGAAUGUCAUGCAACUGUGGAUUAUGAAUCGUCCCAUUUUUGUCCAUGUAACAAGGUGAAAAACGUAGUUAAAUCACUUUAGUGUGGACAUUUCUGUAGAGGUGCGCUUAGUGUCUGCGUCAACAGUUUGACCGUCAUUUUGACCGUGUGCCCCCCCUCCCGGGCAGGAUGGAUGUAGGGACAGUGAUUUGCGCGAAAAUUAGUUCGUCAUGAUAGUAGACUUGUGCACUCACUCACUACCCUCCCACCCGUAUGGUUCCUACAAUAUGAGAGUCAAGUAGAUCAAAGGCGGGAUCGGGCGCAUGUACGCGGCACAGUGUGAACCCGCACCUAGACGUGCCACCACACACCGUGAUCCACGCACAAAAAACCAGGGUUUCAUGCUGAAAAAUGGGAGGGGAGCGGCUCGCAUCCCAACUGAGUAUGAAGGCCAUAAAGGUCGCACUAUGAAGGAGACAUUGUAGCCUGACUCUCAGUCCACCAGUCCGCCAAUCCACACAAACACGCAACGGGCUGACUGCGAGGUCAGGGUUAUCUUUCCAGUUGGCAGCUCCCAGACACCAAGCCGAUAAGUUGUCUGACGUGGAAACAGGCACGUGUAGUGUUUCACCCCACAAGCACCUGGCCUCCUCUAAAAUUGAAAUGGCAAAGAGUAGUCUUUGCCAACUAACCAUCAGAUCACCAUAAUGGCAAAAGAGCCACAAUUUCGGAGUGCAGUGAAAACUCCAUUCUUUGGGGAAUCAACGGCUAUAGCUGGCGACAAGUUGGUUGAGUCAUAACGGGUGCACAGAAGUCAGGAGUGAGCAGACGAAAAGACCACUGAAUUGUGCAGAUCUGGGGCAGGCCCAAUAUAUGCAGUUUAAAUCAGGGCAAAUAUCCACUGUUUGCAAAGCACAGGGAUCCGAUUCGCGCCCGUCGUCGCUGCCAUGCAUGAGCGUAGCAAAUAUCUGAGUGUCUCCAGCGUACAUCUGCUCACCCAUCUUGUUAGGGCAUAUUGGAAUAGAGCAUCCAGCGUUCUUUCUGUCACUGUUUAUCAGCUAAUUUGAUGGGUUUUGUACGUUUUUUUGCAGGAGCCCUGUGUCGCCUGACCUAUAUAUACCCAGCUCCCAAGGCAGGAAGUGAAUUAACACCCUGGAACGACACAGUCUCCUUAACUUCGAUGGAUAGGCAUCAAGAACCUGCGAAGACAAAGCAUCCGUGUACCAAGAAAUAGAAAGUGAUAUUGGAAGGAGGUUAUGAACGGGAACCAAACGGGACGCAACAGGAUCGGUGAAAGCCUUCUUAACACAGCUGAUAUUCCCAAUCGUGGUAGGGGACGCUCACCGAUCGUUCUUAUGGAAGUCACUCAUUCCGUUGCGCCUUACGGGCUCUCUCUCGAGCCCAACCAGCAGCCGCACAGUGGCGCAUGACAUAUAGGCAGUAUGCUACUACCGACAAAGACUAGGGAGACUGGAAUGGCCAUUUUUGGCUUAUUAGUCAUCGUCAGCCAGUCAUACCCAACCCCGAAGUGUGGAACACCCGGGGCUCGAACUCGCGACCUGUUAGUUAGAAGUCGACGCCUAUAACCACUGGGCCACGAGCCCGUUGCCCUGUUACCAUUGCAUAUUUCCGAUUGAGACCGGCCUUCGAAUAGGCCGUUAGAACCUGACCACUAAUGUGUAAGAAUUAAUUCACUAGUAAAUUACCGAAAACGAUCGUCUGUCAACCUGUCUCCUACAAGAUAGUUGGAUGUAUUUUACCCAAAUAUAACUAGUACAGGGAGUUUAUUAUUCAUAUGAAACAAUUCCUUAACGGCCAAAGUAUCUCAUCGUACGUUUGUCUGCUCGUAUACAUAAUUUUUUAUUUUAAGGGUUAUGUGCGUCCGCUAUGCCAUGUUCAGUAAACCAUGGCUCUCGCGACCUGGGGUGGGCUGGUAGUUCUCUGGCAUCGUAUUCCCUGUCAGUAGAUGAGCAUGCUCUCUGGCUGGAAAUACAGGCCCUGUGCAUGGUUGUUCGGUGAAUUGUGUCAUCCGCUCCCCUUUCUGGCCCAGUCUUUUUGGCUAAAAUCUUGGUGGAGUGUUCGUUGUUGAGCGGCGGUACGUCUAGGUGCAGGUCUGGCCGCGCCAUCCACCUGCGUCAACUCCCGCCCCCGGUCCUCCGGGUUUGACACGGGAAGCAGGUGGGGGAGGAGGAGGAGAGUGUGUGGUAUAUGCUGCGCAAGCCCACUCUCAUUAUAAACUAAUUCAUGAGCAAGUCGCCGUGGCCCCUAUCACCUUGCUGUGAAACACACGGUGGGCAUCUUCGGACGUGACCGUUGGACUGUCCCACAGUGCUCGAUAUCUUUAGUAAUAUAUUCCAUACAAGGCUUGGUCCAGUGAUCCUAGUUGAUUGACACCGUAUCGUUAGCUUCCUGAAGCAAUUUUAGUAGGUGCGACUAAGCUGACUAGACAUAUGUCACGUAUUUGCGCCUUCUUUGUUCUUUUAAUCCAGCGAGAGACUGUAGCCCCCGAAGGGGGGGGGGUAGGGGGGAGGUAGGAGGAGUGCUUAUACGCCAGCCUCGGUAACUUUAUGUAUCAGUUCACAGGCGCUUCCCUGCACGUGCUUCGAGUCCUGCCUACGCCCUCUUUAUUAUCUUUAUCCAGCGAGUGACUAACCAGACUUGCUCAUGGCACUGUUCGGACGAAUUGGAAUUCCAUCGAUUUCAUCAUAGUGACCAUGUGCUGCCAAUUGACACGCAGUUCCCUCCGUGGCCUUCCGGUUGUGAUUAAACUUUCCUAAGCCUCCCAGUCCAGCGAGUGGCUGUGGCGAGGGCAAAGUGUGUUCACACCGCCUUCGGUAACACCAAGCACAUCGGUUCACACCUGCUUCCCUGCGCGUGCUUCGAGCUCUGCUUGCGCUCUAUUGCUCUUUCUAAUCCAGCCAGUGGCUAGGAUUGGUAUGCUAACCAAAACUGUGUUAGGAAGCUGCCUAUAUGAUAUCAGUCAACUGGGGCCGCGGGACCAAAGCCCGUCCAAGAGCAAAUCCCCAACGUUUUCGCAAGGGUCAGCAUACUGAAUUUUCAUUGGCGGAUAGUAAACUGAUGCCAGAAAAAAUUUUGCUUAAUGUGGGAGCAGGAAUAAACGGCGGAAUUGAGAUGCCGAGGGUGGGAAAAAUGCGCAUUUGUUAAGGGUAGGUGUCUGAAGUCCCUGACUUGACUUCCCCGUUCCCUCAGGAGGCUGUCCAUAUCCGCUACAAAUUCGCGAACGCUUCUAUUCGUGACCUUGUAUUUAUGACGUACACACGCAGGCUGCACGUGUGAGGCGGCCGAAGUUGUAGGCCUCGGAAGGUCAGCAGCAGCAGCAGCAGCAGCAGCAGCAGCAGCAGCAGCAGCAGCAGCAGCAGCAGCAGCAGCAGCAGCAGCAGCAGCAGCAGCAGCAGCAGCAGCAGCAGCAGCAGCAGCAGCAGCAGUUUGCCUACCUGGCACAACCGCCCGGCCUUCGGACUCGUUAUGCGCCCUCACCUGAGCCUGAAGUCCCACUGACAAGACAAGUUGCCUACUAG